AUGGCCAAUGCCGACCUGCCCAAACUUCAUACCUUCGACCGUGCACAUAUGAAAAUGGGAUGCAGGACAUUCGCCACAGAUCUGCGUUCGGUCAGGUCGAACGCGUCGCAAUCGAAAAGGUCUUUGAGUACCGAGGCCAUCACCGUUGACAUCGUGCGACGGCUUAACGAAUACAAACGCGAGAUCCAUUUUUUUCGUGCCGUCUACAACGGCUCAGAGGAGUUGAUCUCCGGAAUCCGGUCGGUCGUGCAACAAAUGAUUUUAAACUACUAUCUAAGACCGGAGGUUGAUGGUGAGCGCGACGAGCAAUGGCUCGAGCUGAGUGCAGAACUGGAUGGCUAUCUCAACUGCUUCCAGGCAACGGCCAACGCCGCCGAAGUCGAGUGGCUUGAGUUGAGUUCCCGCCAAGCGGAGAGAGACAACUCGUCAGACGCGUUCUAG